AUGGCCAUGGCCAAAGGGAGUCGCUGGCACGACUCGAAGGGUUCUGGCAAGGGCAAGGGAAGGCCGCCGGACAACUACAAAACGGAUCUCUGCAGAUUCUUCGAGCGUGGUCUUUGCGAGAAGGGGAAAGCAUGCCCCUUCGCGCACGGCAAAGAAGAGCUACGCCCGUCGUCUUUGCCUGACAACAUCAUGGCGAACAAGCAGAAAGAUGUCGAGGUGAUGUCCUGGCUGAAGGAGCGAAGAGAAGAAGAAGGAGACGCUGGCGAGGCGUUUGAGCAUCAGUGGAAAGCAUGGUGCAAAGUACACGCUCUUCAGGACCUGUCAAAAGCUGCACGUUUGAAAAGCAUCCACGACUUCCGUGCGGCGGUGGAGUCAGGUCCAGCGCCAGAGGACGAGUCGCAAGAGGCAGCCGAGGCGGCUGCAUGUCCACAGGGCCACAGGCUGAAGCGCCACUGCGCGACGGAUGAGUACGAAUGUGACUGCUGCGGUGCCGACAUUCGGCCGGGUUCAACCUUCUUCGAUUGUCGCGAAUGCGACUACAGCCUGUGUGUGGCCUGCUCUGCGCAGAGCACCAGGAGGGCAAGACCAACCGAAGCGCCUGACAAACGCCAGCUGCGUUCGCCAGCGGAAGCUUCGGUGGAAGUGGCAACAGAGGAGCAGACGGCAGCCACGACAGAUGCUGGGAUUCAGGUAUGGGCUUCCAGCAUCGGAGCCAUACGGUUCAAGCUGAAGCAUGCAAUUGAGGACGGUUUGAAGCUGGGCGAUUUAAUCGGCUUGACCACGCAGCAGUCCCCUGUCAAGUGUCCCGAGUUGGUCAGGGAAUGCGAAGGGCGAUGCGCCGGUUUCAUAGGCCACUUCCUGUUUCCGGAAGCUCUGCCAACUGUGGUUCAGACAUGCCUUGGCGAGCAAAACCUGGCUGGAGUUUGUCGAGCACUGCAGCUAGAAGCGCUUUUGCAAAUCGAGACUGACGGCGAGCUGACGUCUCGAGCGGCGGUUGCCUCAUCAUUCUUCCUGGCCCUGUUCGGUGCAUCCCGCAGAUGUCGCGACAAUGCCUGCUUGCUGGUCGCAAUUGAGGCGAUGCUCGACUUUGUUUGCCUGGUUGGGACAAGCCAUUUCGUCGCCAUGGGCGUGAUGAGCGCCGAUGCUCCCCUGCAAGACUCUCAAAGCAACGACAGCGACGGAGAGGAGGUCAUCUGGGCUUCAGGGCAGCCGUCCGAGACCGCCAUCGAGCCGCAGCCGGCCGAGGAACUCCAGGAAUCCGAAGAGGCGGCCCGAGCGCGCCGCGUCCAAGCGCAACAGGAGCGAAAGUCUUCUGUGCGCUGGGACUAUACGGGCGGAUACCGAGCUGCAGAUGCCAAGCGAGAGACCAACGAGGAGGCAACGCUCCGAUUGAUAAAUGCGCGGUGCAAAGGGAUGCGGCUUGGGAGCAGUGAUAAAGCCUUUGCACCUGCGGUUGAUGAAGAGCUACCUGAGCCUUCGAAGCCUGAGACAGAGUCCCGCAGAGGCAUGCUGCAAGGGGGUGAAGGCUCCAAAGCUCCGAGGUUCAAGAAAGACCUGUGCAAGUACUUCGAGCGGGGCCAUUGCGACAAAGGGGCGCAAUGCACGUUCGCUCACGGCUACGAAGAACUUCGCGGUGGUAACAAGGCAGCCCCCAGCAAGGGCCUACCCGUCCACCACGGUCCAUCUUGGGAGACUGGCCCCCCUUCGGCGGAGACGGUCUACCGCAAAAAGAUCUGA